CUUCACCGUGUCUGAAAGAAAUCGGAGCUGGCGAUGCCUGGAUUUGAUUUUCCAGAUAUUUUAAUUGUUUAAUCUGUGAAUGGCGCCUAAACAGGACCCUAAACCUAAAUUUCAAGAAGGUGAACGAGUGCUGUGUUUCCAUGGGCCAUUGCUAUACGAAGCUAAGUGUGUUAAAAUCAAUAUCAAGGACAAACAAGUGAAAUACUUCAUUCAUUACAGUGGAUGGAAUAAGAACUGGGACGAAUGGGUUCCUGAAAGCCGUGUGCUCAAAUAUGUGGACAGUAAUCUGCAGAAACAGAAAGAGCUUCAGAAGGCAAACCAAGACCAUUAUGUUGAGGGAAGGAUGAGGGGAGUAGCACCAAGCAAGAAGAUUGCUGCAGUGCAGCAAAAAAACGUUGAUGUGAAAACAAAAAAGAACAAACAGAAGACCCCAGGGGCAGGAGAAGGAACGAGUACAGGAGAAAUGCCCCACCCCCCACGUAAGAAGCGGGCACGUGUCGACCCCACUGUGGAAAGUGAGGAGACUUUUAUAAACCGAGUGGAGGUGAAGGUGAAGAUUCCAGAAGAGCUGAAGCCAUGGUUGGUGGAUGACUGGGAUCUCAUUACCAGACAGAAGCAGCUGUUCCAUCUGCCUGCAAAAAAGAAUGUGGAUGCCGUCCUGGAGGACUAUGCAAAUUACAAAAAGUCAAGAGGAAACUCUGACAACAAGGAAUACGCCGUGAAUGAGGUGGUUGCUGGUAUCAGAGAGUACUUCAAUGUUAUGCUGGGUACUCAACUCCUCUACAAGUUUGAGAGACCCCAGUACGCCGACGUCCUGGCAAACCACCCAGACACCCCCAUGUCCCAGAUCUACGGAGCUCCUCACCUGCUCAGGCUCUUUGUGAGAAUUGGAGCUAUGUUAGCCUACACACCUCUUGAUGAGAAGAGUCUAGCCCUGCUGCUCAGCUAUCUGCAGGACUUUUUGAAGUAUUUGGUGAAGAACUCAUCUUCUCUGUUCAGUGCAAGUGACUAUGAAGUAGCACCUCCUGAGUACCACCGCAAGGCGGUUUGACCACAGAGCCUGUUUGGAUAAAGGGUGUUACACACUGAUUCACUGAAAAAACUUUUCCCCCUUUUUUUCUUUUAAGAAAACAACUUGUUUCAGGGCAGGGAAAGGGACCCCUGAAGUCUUGCGAAACAUUUAUAUUGUGGUCUCUUGGCUUUGAAAUACAUUUUUUUAACACUUGAUGUUAAGCCACAAGAACCACACCCCUACUCUCAUAAAGACAUGUUUCCAGUUCAAGUAAUAGUGUGAAACCAGAUCUUGGAUAAAGGCCAUUUCAAUAUGUUAUAUUGAAAUGUCAAUCAUUUGUUAACUGUCGGAUGGUAUUUUGUAAUAAAA